UUGUAGUUGUGGAGAGAGAGACACACAUACAAAGAAAUAGUCACUUUCUCCCUCUCUAUCUCUCUCUCUCUCUCUUUUAGUAUUUCUUCUUUGGCUUUGUUCAUUGCUAUCAUUAACAACAAAGGCAACAGACCCACACACUUCUUCCAAUUUUCUUGAUCUUUUAAUUCUCUCUUGAAAAUUUCAACUCUCAAUGAGCAGCUAAUAAGCUAAGCUAGCUGCCAUUAUACAUUUACUUCUUCUUCUUCUAUAAAACAGAGUCCUGUGUUUUUACAUAUAUCUCUCCGUGAUUAUUAUUUCUUGUUACAUCUCUGGAUCUUUUUCCUUUUUCUUGCUAUGAAAUCUAAGAUGGCUUUUUGCCCAAUUAGCUCAAAAAGAUGAUCUGACACAAUUACUCUACAGAUUUGAACUUUCUCCUUGUUUUUCUGAUCUGGGUCUUUUCACUACAUCCUCUGUUUCAUUACCAUUUUUGUUUCUUUUUUUAAUGUAAUUGAAGCAUUUUGCUUCUCUGAUCUGUUUUCUUCUUGAAUUCUUGAAUAUUAUAUUUGUGUGAUUCAAAAAAUCCGAUGAAAGAAGAGCAAGAAUUGUUCAAGCACGUAUGCAAGUUCUGUGGCAAAAGUUUUUCUUGUGGUAGAUCUUUGGGUGGUCACAUGAGGUCUCACAUGAUUAAUGACAUUUCAGCUCAAGCUGAUGGUACUAAGCUCACCAAGAAAAAGCUCCCAUCUCUGCCUACCAACAACGACAACAACAACAACAAUAAUAAUGGAGCUAAUUAUAGCAAUACUAUUAGCAUCGAAACUUCUGGUUAUGGUUAUGGUUAUGGUUAUGGGCUCAGAGAAAAUCCAAAGAAGACUUGGCGAAUUGCAGAUCAUUCAAGUGAAGAUAAUAGUUCUUCCCUUGUUGAUAAAUCUUGCAAAGACUGUGGCAAAAUUUUCCAUUCUUGGAAAGCUUUGUGUGGUCACAUGAAGUGCCAUUCACUAGAGAAAGAAAAAGUUUUGAACAAUAAUAGUAUGGAAGAGGAGCAGCAGCUGCAAGAUUCUUCAACUAGUGCUAAUAACCAGAAGCAGCUGGUUAUGGAUAGCCAAUCUGAUAAUGAGACCACUACUGCUGCUCCUAAUAGAAGAAAGAGAUCAAAAAGGCGAACCAUAAGGUACAUGGGGACUACAAAUUCUUCUUCGUUGUCAUUUGCUAAUAAUACUGCUACUACUACUAAUAAUAAUAAUAAUGCUUCGUCCUCUGUGUCUGAAAUUGAGCAAGAACAAGAAGAGGUUGCUAUGUGCUUAAUUAUGCUUUCCAGAGAUGUUGGUCAAUGGGGUGUCUUGAAUUCUGUUUCUGCUGAUUCUUCUGAUAACAACUCUGUGUCUUUUGAAACUAAUAAGAAUAAUCUUGUUACUUCUAAUCCUACUGAGACAGUGAAAGUUGAAAGCAGGAAAACAGAGUACUCUGUCUCUAGGAUUUCAAGAAAAGGGUUUAUCAAGAAUGAUGAUACAACCAAGAAGCCAAAUCAUGAUUACGAUGAAUGUAAAUUUGAAUUGGGAAAGAAUUUGAGCAAAGAAACAGAAAUGGUUUCAAAAAAGAGAAAAUUUGCGGAUUCAUUUGAUCCCGAAUUGAAGUCAGAAUACUUAAAGAAUUCUGAUAGAAGCAGUAGCAGAUUUGAGUGUACUACUUGCAAUAAGGUUUUUCACUCUUACCAAGCUUUAGGAGGCCAUAGAGCUAGUCAUAAAAAGACCAAAGGCUGCUUUGCUUCAAAAAUUGACAGCAGUGAAAAUAGCAUUGAAACAGAACAACUAUCUCCUGACAGAACACCAACAGAGAGAAAUAAACUCACAAUAAAAUCUGUCAACAAAGAAGUUUCUCUUGAUCAUCAAUUGGCUACAGGUUAUAGUGAAAACAAGGCAGAGACAAGUUAUGGAGCAAAGAAGAGUAAAGGACAUGAGUGCCCAAUUUGUCUCAAAGUGUUCCCAUCAGGACAAGCAUUGGGUGGUCACAAAAGGUCUCAUUUAGUGGGAGGUACUGAUCAGGCUAAAACUAACCAGACAAUUUCAAUUCAAGAACCAAUUCCACCAAUUAAAGACUUUCUUGAUCUUAAUCUUCCUGCUCCUGUUGAAGAAGAAAGCAAUGGGCUUGUUGGGUUUAAUUCUUGGUGGAUUGGAAGCAGCCACAAGCAUGAACCCCUUGUAGGUUUGAUCUCUAACUAAGUUUUCACUCUCUCUCUCUCUCUCUUCAAUCUUGGCCAUCCAUUGUUUUCAAUAAAAAGCUUCAAGAAAAGAGUGUAUAGAUUCAUUCAUUCUUUCAAAUAUUCAAGAAUUAAACAAGGUAUUAUUUCAUCUUAUAGUCUUUUGACUUAAAGAGUUAAAACCAAUGUUAAACUCUUAAA